AUGCGAUACAACAUCACCCGCGAAGCACUUCUGAAGGACUACAGUUUCUUCGAUCCGCUUACCAGCGAUACGAUGAUCAAGAUGCAUGGGCUUAAAGGGGAGGCCUUGCUGGCUAAGGAGGACAUUGUCCUGGACCGACUCAACAUCAUCCUCGAGAAAGCCAACUUCAAGAUGCUCACGGCACACGAGGCAUGUGUUGAUCUGGCCACCUCAGCCAACUACAAGCUCAAGUCAGACGUCCAGGUGGAUGAAGCGGGUUACGAUCCCAAGAUACUGGAACGCUUCUUCCGAAGACAUCGCACGGAGUUUGUAUACAGAGCCGAUGAGACUGACUUCUUCCUGGUGUACUACCGCGGCGUGGGCAUUGCACAGCAGACAGACCUGUUCGUCGUUGAGAAGCUAGAGCUCAUCCUGGAUCGCAUCAAGUUCCGCAUCAAAGAGUUUGUGAUUGGGCUCAUCUACAAAGACAAGAAGAAGGCGCAGGACAAACUCGACGGCCUAGCCGUGUCUACGGUGAAGCACUCGUUUGAAGAACGCAGGGCCCACGGCGUCAAAGUAUUGGCUGGCUUUAUCAUCUUCAUUGGCAUUGUGCACGAGUUCUUGAACCGGUACGAGUUCGGGUUCAUGGAGAUAGGGAUCAUGAUACUGGUGGAUGUGAUUGUGGGUAUGUCCAUUGGUAUCAAGUACUUUGUGCCGACGGAGAAGGAGAAGUUUGCCGCGUCGCCCAGAGCCCAGCUCAUUCAGAAGAGAAAGGAGUGGAGAGAGGCGAACCCCAGACCACCGCCCGCCGAGGGAGAGAUUAUGAACAAGAUUGAGCGACUGCGAUUGGACCAGUUGAGUCUGGUCCCUGGUGAUUUGCUGCUCCCAAACACUAUUCAGGAACCGACCUUCUCGGAGAUGAUUGUGAUUCACCGCGAGAAGGGGAGCAAGCACAUCAAGAUUUCAGAGUACCAGGACAUUCCUAUGGCUGAUCUAGAGCUGAUCUAUCCGCUCAAGAAGCUUCUGCUGAACUCCACUGACCUCGUGUUUGCUGUGGUGACGCUAAUCAUGGGCAUCUCAGCGCUCAUCAGCGGCCUUACGGUGGGUGGGUGGGUGUUGUCAGUGGCAGUGAUCCUACUGUGUAUUGCUUAG